AUGCCUUCAGAAAGCAGUGACCAAAAGGAUCGAUCCUAUGGCCUACAACUAGAGUCAGAAAUUGAAGCCAAAGAAGAAGGCUGUGAGCAAUUACCACAGGGAGUUCGAUAUGUAGCAGAUACACGCCGUCAAAGCAUCAAUCCAGAACACUUUACCAAAUUCAACUUGGAGAAUACUACCUUUGGACAUCGAAGACAAGGUUACUUACCGAUUGAAAACUAUGGUAUCAUUGGCAAUAUGCGCACGAUUGCUCUCGUCGGCACAGAUUCCUCUAUUGAUUUUUUCUGCUAUCCCAAAUUUGAUUCUCCUACCGUCUUUUGCCGUGUGCUCGACAGGGAUAAAGGUGGUCACUUUUCGGUCAAUCCAUGUACGCGGUACUCAAGUAACAAGCAGAUGUAUUUGCCCAAUAGCAACAUCUUGACUACCAGAUUCUUAUCUGACGAAGGUGUGGCAGAGAUCACCGAUUUCAUGCAUGUACCUAUUCAAGGACAGAAUACGUCGACCAAGCCGCUACUGCCAUGGAUCAUUCGUAAGGUAUCUGUCAUUCGUGGUAAAGUAAGCUUCAGGAUGGAGUGCUAUCCAGCUUUCAAUUUUGGAAUGAAUGAGCACACGACAGAGAUUGUGAGAGAUCAGACGUCAAAGGAACAUGAAGAGGCUGUGGGGUUUGAGGCCAAACUAUACAAUGAUCGUGAUUUACACUAUUAUACCGCACAGGACCGCGCUAUAUUCAAAACCAAGGACUUGACAAUGGAUUUGCGCUAUUUGGUCAAAUGCGGUGAGUUCGAAUGUCCCAGGAUUCAGUGUGUCAUAGACCAUGAUGACAAGCAUCAUAAAGGUCCAGGCGUUUAUGCGGUAUUUGAACUUCAAGAGACGCAAGAGGUCGAGUUUGUCUUUCGUGAGGUGCCUAAAAAGGAGUCAGUCGAUAACGAAUCGCCUGUGGAUAGAAAACUACGGAUAGCCAUUGACCCGCCACUGACAUUGAGUCUACUGGAUGCUCUGUUCAGACAGACCAGUAUGUUUUGGUUAAACUGGGUCUCAGAAAGUACUUACAAAGGUCGAUGGCGAGAACAUGUCCUCAGAAGCGCUUUGACAUUAAAAUUGCUGACUUAUGAACCGACAGGAGCAGUUGUUGCUAGUCCUACCUUUGGACUUCCAGAAGCUAUUGGAGGACCGCGUAAUUGGGAUUACCGUUAUGCAUGGAUUCGCGACUCUUCAUUCACAAUCUAUGCUUUCCUGAGAUUAGGAUUUACCAAAGAAGCUGGUCAAUUUAUGAAGUACAUAGAAGACCGAUGCAGUGAUUUGAAUGAAGAUGGAUCAUUAAACAUCAUGUAUAGUAUUGACGGAGUAAAACGACUAGAUGAGACGGAGCUCACUCACUUGGACGGCUAUCGAGGCUCUCGACCGGUGAGAAUCGGUAAUGGAGCUUAUGACCAUUUACAGUUGGAUAUUUAUGGAGAACUCAUGGACGGCAUUUACCUGUACAACAAGUAUGGCUCACCUAUAUCCUACGACAUGUGGUGUUCAGUGCGUAAAUUGGCAAACUACGUCUGUGCUAAUUGGAACCAGCCGGAUAUGUCCAUCUGGGAAGUAAGAGGAAGAAAGCAACAUUUUACUUAUUCACUCGUCAUGUGUUGGGUUGCUAUUGAUAGAGCACUUCGAUUGGCAGAGAAGAGAGUGUUCCCUUGUCCAGACAGACAAAAGUGGAUGGAGACACGUGAUGAAAUUUAUGAGUUAGUCCAAACGCGAUGCUAUAACAAGGAGCUACAAACAUUCACCAUGAGCAUCGAAUCGCCAGACGCUUUGGACGCUAGUACUCUGAUCAUGCCCCUUGUUUUCUUCUCAUCACCUUCUGACCCGCGUUUACUAAACACGAUCAAGCGCAUUCUUUUGCCACCUGAAAAGGGUGGUCUUGUAGCCAAUGAUCUCGUAUUUAGAUAUAAUUUCUUAACCACCGACGAUGGCGUAGGGGGGUUAGAAGGGGCCUUUUCGAUGUGUACAUUCUGGCUCGUGGAAGCAUUGACAAGGGCAGGUAAAUAUGACAAACGGUUGCUAACAAGAGCCGUUGUCAUGUUUGAAAAAAUGCUUGGAUACGGCAACCAUCUCGGUUUAUUCUCUGAAGAAGUAGCAAGGUCUGGAGAAAUGUUGGGUAAUUUUCCUCAAGCAUUCACUCAUUUAUCAUUCAUUAGUGCUGCUUAUAACUUGGAUCGUGUAUUGUCUGGCUCACACAGAGAAAGUGGCAUAUUAUAA